ACACACUCACACACACAUUCCCCAACUAUCAUUCUGUUCCUGAUCUACUGUUAGUUCACAAGGCGGAAAGGGACAAAAGAAAGCUGGAAGGAAGGAAGGAAGGAAGGAAGGACAGAAAUAUUUUAAAAUACAAACACAAUAUAAGUUGUUAUCGGUGCUCGGAUAAGUUUGACCGAAAAGCCGUCCAUGUGGAUACGUGAAGGAGGCGUCAGCCAUCAGUUUCUAAAUGGACUACAUAGCACAAGUCGUCCCUUCCUCCAUGUCCAUCGCUCCGGGAGACGUGUCUACAACAACCCCUGGCCUCGGGAGACCAUGGCGCCAUCUUGUUAUUUCUCCUUCGUCAACAGAGCGGUGUUGUGGGACAGAGGAAGUCAUCAUCACACAGCGAGCAUGGAUGUCCUCCAUAAUGUGGAACCUCAACCCCCAUGUUCACGUUUUGAGGCUCACAUGAGGGCGUGUCCUGGCCUGAUCAGACCGCCGUACUUCCCACGCACACACCGUCUACCAAGACCUCCGAUGAAGAUCCUCCGUGUGCCAAAACUGCCAAGACAGCAAGAAACUCGGAGAAAGCAGAACUCCCUACAGCACUUCUCUGUGAUGCUUCCCAGUGUACCAGCAUCUCCACAUCCAAGCGUGGCCUCUAGAGACCCCCUGCGCUCUCCAACACCGUCUGUCCACUCGGGGACAAAACCAGACAAGUUCCAGUCUUUCCAUGUUCCCUCUCCAAACUCAGAACACACUACAAUAAAGCAGGAAGAUGUAGUAAGUCAUAGAGAGGUUAGUUUGACUGGGCCCUCCUCCCCACAAAUCGACUAUGAGGACGAUGAAGAGCCUAAAUGUGAAGCAGUGACACCAAUGACAAUGACUCCUGGCACCCCAUCAACCCCUGUGACCCCUCUAACACCAAUGACCCCUAUGACGCCGGAUUCUCUUUCAGACCUGAGUCGUCCAGCGUCCAGUCAGUUUAGCUAUAGCACCAACCUGAACAGCAGUCUAUCCAAUGCACCUUCAGUAAAUCAGACUGAUGACUCUGACGGUGAAGAUGGAGAUGCUGAGGAUGGUGAUGAUAUCAACAAUGAUGACCUUGAGGCCUGUUCCUCAUCCUUGUCUGAUCUUUGCUUCAGCUCUCUUGAUGGAGCAGUCUUGGCCUCUUGCUCCCCCCCAACAUCUAGUCAGUCAUCUUUCUCCAAAAACCUGAGUUCCCUUAGCCAAGAACCUCGAAAUACCAGCCAUCGAGAAACCUUAAAGGAAACUCCAAUUAUUCAGGUUGAAGACCCUCUAGUGAGGGAAACCCCACACCCUAACCAACUUACACAUACAAGUGUUAAUGGAGCUCCAAGCCCUUGCUCUGCAUAUCCGGACUCUCAAUCCAGACUGGCAUCUGCUUCUCAGCUGGAUGUUCGUUCUGACUGGACAACCUGCCGCUGGCCUAUACUUCCUCCAAUCACGCCUCAGAGAGGUAGCCAAGGGUCAAGAGCAUCUCUCAGUUCCCCAAUAAGCUGUUCUCAGUCGGACAUGUUUGCUGAGCUGGAGGCUACAGCACCUCGGAGUGUGUCCUGUCAAUCCUUGGAUCAUGCUGACUGUAGUGACAUGGAAAUCACCUCACCUACCACAGAUCUGAGUCCCGGUCUGGCCGCUCUGACGGUCGGCUGUGACUCUGGUGACCUGGGUUCUCUAUCCCGAGUGCAGCUCUUGCUCCUGGAAAGAGGAACAUCUGAGGGUCUGGAACCCCUGCCAGAUCUAGAAUGGAACAGUCCGAUAGAGGAGAGAGGAGACUAUGAACCUGGGCUUCAAGUUUGGAGCUUGGGCAUUCCCCAACAUUAUCAGUGCACAGAUCCCUAUGCACAGGUGAGCAGCAGUGUGUCACUAAGUGUGAGGCACUUUCCACUCGGCCAAGUGGACAUCACAAGUGGAACUCCGGGGAGAUUAAGGAAGAGGGGAAAGGGCAUGGCUCUGAGGCGAAACGGUAGCAGCAAGUGGUAUGAUCCGGAGCAUCCGCAGGAAAAGCUUAGCGAUGCUGAAGACAUCUCGAGAUCUUCCUCCUGGUCUCUCAGUUGUGCGUCGAGAGAAAACACGCCCUGGGAGGAAGAAGUUACGGCGCAAUCAGGAGGAAGUGACGUCAUGAGCGACGCCGAUCUCCACCCGAGCGCACAGCCAACCGAGCCCAGAGUGACUGAAGGAACCUCACAAAAAGCGGCUUGUCCAGGAAAGCGAGAGCGACCUGUUACAGGAGUGCGCAGGGGCCCGAACCAAAUCAAAGACAGGAGGAGGAGGCAUCACAGGAAGAUGCUGGGAGAGAAGGGAGAAGAGCGGAAGAGCAAAGCACUGCAAAUUUACACCAGACUGCGAGACGGAAACAAGCCGACGGAGCCCAGCAAGCCGAGAAGCUGUUCCAGGUUUGAGGACUUUGAUUUCCUGGCCAAGUACUGCAUUAUCAGUCCUGAGAAGCUCGCCGCAUACAGACGCGCUUUUGAAGCUGUGGACAGUGAUGGUGAUGGCUAUCUAUCGUGCUUUCAAGUACUGCUGGCUCUAAAGGAGAUCAUUCCUCCAGAACUGCUGACUGAAGAGGAGGAAAUCUAUGUGUACAGGAUUCUAGAGCUGGUUGAUUUCAGCGUGACUGAGGGUCUGACGGAUUUGCGUCUCUUUGCCGUCGUUGCCAGUCUGGCACAGAAGAUAGCCACACUAGAUGAUUUCAUGCGGUCUCUCAUUAGCAAGAUGGACUUCAAGUCUUUGGAGAUGAAGCUGUACAAAGCAAAGCAGUUGUUCCUGUUCCUGCUGGAGGGCCAGUCUGAGGGCAGCGAGGCACCACAGGGUCGUAUCAGUGCUGAACAACUGCUUGUGGAGCUGAAGGCAGGGGGGAUCCGUGAGGAGCAGGAGGAAGAGGUCAGGCGUGAACUCCGUAGCCUUCGCUCCCUCGACCUGCUUGACUUCCUUGCACACCUACCCCUCUUCAUCCUCAUCCACAACUCCGUCAUUGCCAACCCGCUGGAUGACUCUAGCAACCUGUGACAGAAACACCAAAGCUGUGUUAUGUUUUAAAGGCAGCAUCCAUAUCGCAUGCAAGCCAUACUGUCAGGAUGCCCUGUCACAGCUUCUAGUGCACCUUACUCACGAUAUUCGUUUAUUCACUACCGCUUAUCAGCUUCGAUCAGCAAUAAAACUGAACAUGAAUACAAUUUUCUGUGUGAAAAAAAAAAAUGAUUCGUUUAAGAAAUGUCACGGUACACCAAUGGAGCAGGUCGUUUCAUUUUGCCGUUCAUCGAGAUGAACUUUGACCUGCAAAUGAUGCGCCUAAGGUGGUCUGUUCAGUCUGUGAAACUCAAAUAAAGGAGUUAUUAGAAGUCAUACUGGACUUUUUGU